GGGCGGCACUGCUGAGGGGCGGAGGUUUGGCCGGCACUCGACGAAGAGAAGGGUGUGCGACAUGUUGCGUGUCGUUGCAAUCGCUGUGGUCAUCGGGCUCGCGUGGCUUGAUCUCUCGACCUCGCCGAUCUGGAGGUUCCCUGUCGUCGCUGCGUCGGACUUCUCCGGAAAGGCCCUCCCGGUGGAACAAGAACUGGAUGCUUUCGGCCCUGCUGUCGCUAGACGAAGGGCAACGGGCGGAGAUGAGUCAACAAGGGAAGGAGGAGGAGGAGAAGGAGGAGGAGGAGGGAGGGAAGAGGGAAGGCGGGGCGGAGAUGAGUCAACAAGGGAAGGAGGAGGAGGAGGAGGAGGAGGGAGGGAAGAGGGAAGGCGGGGAGGAGGAGAAAAAAGAAUAUGGAAACGGCAGGUUGGCUCUACGCGACCAGCGGGAGGUAAUCACGACCACGAGUCUCAGAGAGAUUCGCGACGGAGCCUCACUGCAAUGCCGGCGAAGAGGACGAGGGACAGUGAGGGAAGGAAGUCGAAAGAGUUCCACAGGUCAACGGAAAAGCAGGAAGGAUUUCGGUCAGACAGCGAUCAUGGGGGCAAGUCGUCUAAAGAGUUGCGGGCGCGGCUUGGUCGUCGAGGAGGAGGAGGAGGAGGACCCUCCGAAGCUCCUGUGGACUACGCUGACUCUUCUUCCGACUUAGUUUUUCCACGCAUGUGCACGGCUGAGAGCGCGAUGAUCAGGCGAAGGUCUGGGAGGAAGAACUGGAAGCCUGUGGAGCCGAUGGUCACGGACAGUCCAAUAAUAGGGGUUCUGACGCUUCCUGUCACUGCGCAACAUUUUCUGAAACAUGGGCAGCAGUAUUUUGCAGCCUCAUAUGCAAGAUGGAUGGAAGCAGGUGGAGCUAGAGUUGUUCCCAUCUUCUUUGAUUCCACUCCAGAGGAGCUUGACUACCUGCUUCACAGGGUGAAUGGGGUGUUCUGGACAGGGGGUCUGGUCACAUUCAACCCCUCGCCAGAGGAUUGGCCCAGUUUCAUGUACAUGCAGACAACCCGUCGCAUCAUGCAGCAUGUGCUGGAAGAGAACCGAAAUGGGAGGUACUAUCCACUGUGGGGAACAUGCCUUGGGCAUGAGAGACUACUGCAGCUUCUAGUGGGAGGAUUAACGGAGCUAGAGGACGAUGGAGAUAUAUCGAUUUUUGAUAUUGUUGAUGCUGUGAACUGGAACGCGAAUCUCAACUUCACUGCGCAUCUGGCAAGGAGCCAUCUGUUUUCUGGUCUUCCGUUUCAUAUCAUACAAGCGGCAGGUGGAGUAAUAGGAAGGAAUUUGGCUUUUCAUAAUCAUGAACUGGGUCUGUCGCCUGAGGCCUUCUACAAGACUAGAGCAAAUGAGGAGCUCAUGGUGCUUUCCAUUGACAGUGAUCGGAAGGGAUCUCUUUUCAUAUCAACAGUUGAGGGGAAAUCAAUGCCUCUCUACGGGACACAAUGGCACCCUGAAAAGAUUCCGUGGGAAUGGCCUAAAAAUUUCAACAUAACUCAUUCGCCAGAGGGUGUGCAGCUUUCGAACUACAUGGGGCGCUUCUUUGUGGAUGAGUGCAGAUGCAAUUGGAAUCGUUUUGAGAACGAGGACGCAGAAAACGAGGUUCUUCUCUACAACUGGCAACCCCUCCCGACUCAAAUCAUGUACGGGGCGACUGAGGGGAUUUUCACCCAAGUGUACUUCUUUGGUAAUCGAGACGAACGGUGCCAGAAGGAUCUUUACUCUGCAUUUGUGAUCGAUUGUGAACGCUUGGAGACAGACCGCGAGGAGCGCACAGAGGUUGGCACCUCUCCCUCGCAAAAGAUACUGAGAAAUGGUCCAACUCCUGCUUUCCUUGGAAAUGAUGCUCGGGGGCGUGCUCCACUGAACUCGGUUCAAUGACUGCUGAUGCAGGUGUAGAGAGACUCAGCGCAGAGUCAGCAGGAGGCUGAACUAGCUGAAAUGAUAAUAUGAUGCUGAGACUUCAUCACGGGUCCAGUACAUAUUCCGGCCCGAUAAGACAGGGUUUUUAACGUGUCGACUUGUUCUGGGUCAUUACACUAAUUGCUGAUCAGCACCCCUCGCAUUCAGUCGGGUUGUUAAGAAAAAAAAAAAGAAGUGAAAGGGUCAGGACAGAAGUGUCGGGCCGGGCCGGGCAUGAACUCAUCCAUCACAAGUCUUUAGCUGCAGGUGAAAUCAAUCUUGUGAGGUUGUCGAUCACAGUUACGUCGCAAGUGGAAUCAAGGCCCAAUGCCCAUUGCAGUAGGAUUUAUCUCCACAGGUGAUUGGCAGUGCACGGAAAUGGGGUUAGGCAUUACAUCUGGAGAACUAUGGAAAUGGGGUUUUAGGCAUUACAGCUGGACAGGUCUCUGGGCAAUAGGAUUCUCUAUGCUCAGGCAUUAGAGCUAUACAGGUGCUGCGGUACCGCAGAGAAAACCAAACAAAUUAUACAAAGGAGC